AUGCUGAAUCCAACUGACACCGCGGCGCAGUCGCGGGUUGUUGCCCUUGCUCAGGUAGCGCGCGCCCUAGUCACCUCGGUUGUGACAGAGAUCGUAAGACCGACUUGGAUAUUCACAGAAUCGGUCGUUGUCUAUACGACUUCGGUAACCGAGGAUACCUCUUCCCCCAAGACCGCGACAUACGGUGCUGAAUCCGCAGAGACAUCUGCGUUGCAGACCAGCAUGCAGUCUCUACAAAUGGAUACUGCACUUCCACCUCCUGCUUCAACCAUUGUCCCAGUUCAUGAACCAGCCACUACUACUGCUCCAAUGGAAAACUCCGCUUCUCACACAACAGCCUGGUCAGGUUUCUUAGGGACCUUGACUAUUCCGACCACCUGGGAGUCUGUGUCGAGUUCAUCCACCUCGUCGGAGGCUUCGAGUCCAUCGAGCCCAGAGUCAUCCUUGUCGCCAACUUCAUUGAUCCCCUCGCUCAGUGGACAAUCAAAUGUACUGUCGAGCAUGUCUCCAAGUAGAUCGACAAGCACAACAGUCAGCAAGAUGUGGGCAAGUUGUUCUUCGGCUACAAAGCCAUCCUCUCCAUUUCAUUCACCAACACACACGCCAUCGACCAGUGUGAGACCUGAGACCUCGUCGUCUUACUCAUCGUCUGGCAAGACCAAUCAUCAUUCUCCGAGUACGGGCGUGAUUGUUGGCAGUGUCAUUGGCGGAACGGCCGCCGUAGCCCUAGGGCUCCUGGCAUGUAUCCUCUUCUUCUGUCGCAAACGGGCACGAUCGCAAAGAAGACAAGCCAGCAGACAGGGACUGCUACGAACAAGCGAGUCCAUGAGUUCAAUCGAAGGAUGUCACCGUCGACGGUCCUCCCAACCCUCGCCAGCCCCUCCGUCUUCUGGCAUGACCUCCGCGCCAAUCUUCCAUCAGCGCAGAUUCUCAAAUCCACUGGACAAUCGCCCCAGUCCACCUUUCGGACUUUCCUAUCCGAACCUGUCACACGGCAGAGCAUAUUCUUACGGCGAAACACCAAAUAGUCCGCACGUCGACCCAUUCGCAGACCCAGAAGAUAAACCCAUCAGCCGGGCCCUCGGUCGCCCCCUCUCACCCAUCAUCGAAAUCUCACCACCAACCCGCACAGCCUCCAUCUACUCCCGAUCCUCGUUAGAAGCAGGUCUCAAAGUAGCCGAAAGCCACGACUCUUCCGGAUUUUCACCAUACAAUUGCACUGGGCCCACGCCCAGUACCCUCACCCUCGAGACUCUCGGCAGUGGUUCCCGAUGCCUGAAUACUCCCAAGAGCGCAUACCGACGAAGCGACCCAUUCGACCUGGAGCCGCCUCCAAACACUCUCCAAUGGCAUCUUCCAAGUGCCCAUUAUCCCAAUCGCUGGGGCGAUCGAUUUUAA